AUGCUAAGAAACAAUUACAUUACAUGGAGGCCUUCUUUUGCUUCAACUCAGCAUACUAGAAAUGUACUCACAUACACUCUCCUUCGAGUCAGAGACUUCUUCUGCGAAGAACGCUGGGAUAUCAGCAAGGCUGUCAUGCGAGGGAAGCGUCCAGAUUUACUAAGCUGCCAGGAAGCACGAGAUAGACGACCUCGACGCGCUUGCCCAAAAGUACAUUAUGACUCUCAGCGAAAGCCUGUCGAUUUCCCAGAUCCUUUAAGGAGCCCGCUGGAUGAGUUCUACAAGGAAAUUGUGAAUGAUCCAGCAUUCAGCAAAGCUGUAGUGACCUCACGCUUGCGAAACAUUCUUAGAGUUACCGGCGGCGGGAGUGAGACGAAGGAUGAUGGCGAGCCUUCGCGUGAACAACCGAUUCCAGUUACCCAAUCUGAGCCUACCGAAGACCACAACGAGGGAAAAUGUUUUAAAGCGCUGUCCAAAGAAUAUAGCGCUGCGAAUAUCUCAUGUUAUUUGCUUCUUGAUCGGAACUGCCCGAUAAGAAACGAGAAAGAAGAAGAAUAA